AUGAAUGAACAAAUAAAGCGAGUUCAACAGAUUAAUGACUAUUUCAAUCAGUAUAUUGAUGAGUAUUAUGAAGAAGAAGAGGAGGAGAUUGAAGAAGAUGUUGCAGUAGAGCAGGUUAGGGAGUUUAGCGAGGAUUUGGCUAAACAAAAGUUAUUGGAAAUACCGGUUGAAGAGGUUGUUAGUGUUUUGGAGGAGCUGAAGUAUGGUUUUUGGGUGUUUAAGAGCUUGUUUUUGAUAGCACAAGGUUUUAACUAGCUGUAUUAUCUUUAAAAUGGCUGAUUUUGGUUAGAUUUAUAUAUUUUUUCGCUGGAUUUGUACAUUUUUCGCUAGGUUUAUGUAUAUUUUGGUUAGAUUUACAAAGUUUUCGUUUAAAAGUUUGCUUUCAGAGCAAAAAACAUUGAAGUAGUGGAUAUUGAAGAAGAGAAUGCUCCUUUCAAACAGAUAGUUGUUGCUUCGCCUUAUACUGCAAGGCAUGCUUCAGUGUUGAUUGAAGAGGUUCGACUUCAUUUCACUAAACGUUAUGAUUUUGGAGUAAGUUUUUUGGGUUGUAUAUUUGUUACCUAAAGCGAUUUUUAUUACCUAAAAAACACCAUUUUUAAUAUUUUUCUUAUUUAAAAAUUACUGUUGUUACCCAAAAUUCAUUUUUAUUACCUAAAAAGCAAUUUUUAACCUUUUUGUUACCUAAAUCUCCAGACUUUACAAACUUUAAAGAAUUUUUUAGAAGAGCAAUCCCUCGAGAGUGAAGAAUCAAACCGGUUGGUACCUAUUAGACUGCCACAACUUGGUGAUUCAUAUCAUGACAGAAGAGAAUCGAGAAAAGUAUCAAUUGUCAAAUCUAUGGAAAACCAAAUCAUUAGAUGAACAAGAAGAAGAUAUGAUCAAAGAAGGAUGGAUUCCACCUCAAAAACCCAACGAAACUCAAAAAUAUCGCUAUCAACGGACUCCAGUUGUGUAA